AUGAUGUCCAAGCGAACCCAAUCCCCUUCGUCGUUGCCUUGGAAGGCUGUGCUGUUGGGUGGCAUCUUUGGCAGUCUCCUGACUUCCUUGGUCACUAGAAACAACAAUGCAGGAGUUUUUGUGCCUUGGAAGGGCCGUCUGCUGUCUGUGGAGCCUGAAGAAGCUCAUGGCAGCAGCUUAGAAGAAGAAGAAGAAGAACUGGAAGGAUUCCUCUUGGAUUCUGCCAUUGCCGUGAUAACGCUGGUGUUGCUGCUGCUGACUAUUUUAUUCGAGACCAUCAAGGAGGGAAUCACCGAGAGAGCCGAGCGUUCGAUGGAACCCGUGAUUGAAGGCAUGUUUGGAGAACUGACGGUUCUGGGAUUCUUGUCCAUGAUUACAACUUUUAUGGUCAAGUUGGGAUGGUUUGGAACACUUGCGGACCACGUGGGCUUUCAAGAAGAGGAAGAAGAGCUCAUGGAGAUUUUCGAAGCGGUCCAUUACAUGCUCUUCUUUAUCAUGGUAUUCUUUGUCAUUAACGUACUCGUACUCAUGUACGGUGGAAAGAUCAGGUCCAAAACAUGGUGGCUCUACGAUCAGGGAUGUCGAGACAAAAAGUACAUGAAGCAUUUGGAUGCCGUCUUACAAGCCAAAUCAGCCAAGGAAAAUCAAACCACGUUUUGUCAGUAUUUCGGCAGCGCAUUGAUUCCUUGGCGCUCCUACUCGAGUCAUCAACUACGAUCCGAACUGCAGUUGUUUCGGGGCCUGCGUCAUGAAUUUGUACUCGAGCGGAGCUUGGAACCACCCUUUGCCCCCAAUGCGGCAUCGGACGAUGUGGGAGACGAAUUCCAGUUUGGAUCUUAUCUUACCAUUUGUCAAUCACACUAUCUCGCACACAUGGUUCAUCUUUCCAGACCCACUUGGGUCUUUAUGGCGGUGGUUACCAUCAUCUUUUAUGCCAUUGCCAUUGCCGUAGACAGCAAAGUGGAGCCUUUUGCAUGGAUUUGGGCUGGCACCGGUUGGUUGGUCUUUGUGCUGGGAUCCUCCUUUGAUUAUCACAUGGUACAAUUGAUUACUUGCAUGGCGUCCCGCUUUCCAGAAGAUACUACCACUAAACCAGCCGGGGAAGAUCGAGCCUUGCUGUCGACUUCUAGUACGGCUUCGCUGCCACAGUGGACCGCCAUUGACUUGGCCCAGUACUUGGCGGAACGCCCACUAUUGUCCAAAUGGCUCGUUCACACCAAACAUACUCCCACACGACAAGACACUCUAUAUUGGUUAGGCCGAAAGGGUCCCAAGCUAUACACCAUCCUCUUCCAGAUUCAAAUGCUCUUUACAGCAGCCUACAUUUCCUUGCUCGUCUUAAAGUUGCUGCCCUACAUGCUCUGGCAAUCCCAGCAGAUCAACACUGUGGAACGAAUCGUCUAUCCCAUUGUGUCCCUUUUGCCCGUCUAUUUAAUCUUGAGCAAAUACCAGGUGGCAGCGGCCAACCUCACCAUGGCUUGCAGUGUCGGAGUACAUCGCAAACCUCAUAUCAUUUCGCAAGUCAACCGAGCCUUCAAGGUUGGAAAUCUCAUUUAUGCCGUCGUCCUCUUGCACAAACUGCAACUGGCUGCUCAUGGAGAUUUUGCCACACCUUCCACUGGCAGCGGCGGAAAACGGGCCAUGUCGGAGGAGGAAAUGGCAGAAGCCAUGGCAGAUUUUGACAAAAUUGACGCGGACAAGAGCGGCACCCUGUCGACGGACGAAAUUGGCAAUUUGCUAGAGUUUCUGGGCGCCAAAGUUACAAAGGAAGCCCUGGCUGCCAUUGUGAAAGUGUUGGACAAGGAUGGAUCCGGUAGUAUCAGCCGACAAGAGUUUGCCGAGUUCUAUAGAGAUCACAUUAUGAUUGAACUGGACGAUCAUAAUCUCCACAAACUGGCCAAAGAAAUGUUUGGACUAUUGGAUGCGGACGGAAAUGGAGAAGUCACUUUGACAGAGCUCAAGACCGUGCUGGAUUCGUAUCAAGUAGGAAUGACUUUGGAAGAUAUUGCAGAAUUGAUCAAUGAAAUUGACGAGCAGGAGAAUGGAACGAUCAGCGAACACGAGACGGUCCACUUGCUCAAAAAGCACCGUCACUUGUUUGAUCGCACACCGCUGCCCAAGUUGGAGUGA